UAGCAGAUAGAUCAGAAUAGAAUAGUGAGUGUUUACAAAUUUGUGUAGGCUAAUUGUUUUGUAUAAUAAUUUUUGAUGCAAAUUUACUGUUCUUGUGAUGUUCUCAGUCGUUUAAUUAUGUGUUGGUAGUACGUUUAAAACAUUUUAUUCCUAUAAAAUGGAAUACACAAACGAAAGAGAUUCUGCAAUAGAACGCCAGGGAAGUUGCUUAUUAUUACGAUAUGCCAGCCAAAAUUCUUUGGAUGAAAGUUCACAAAAACACGUUCCUCGACCAGACAGCAGAGAAAAACCUCCUUAUAGAAAUCACCACCACACCCAUCGUGCUUUUGAUGUUAUCAGUUCUUUGAGGAAGAAAAAUCUAUUGUGUGAUGUUACACUUAUAGCAGAUAAUGUAGAAAUACCUGCCCACAGAAUAGUUCUUGCUGCAUGCUCUCCUUAUUUUUAUGCUAUGUUUACAAGUUUUGAAGAGAGUAAACAAGACAGAGUAACUUUACAAGGCGUCGACCAUCAAGCUCUUUCAUUACUUUUGGAUUAUGUUUAUACAUCAGAGGUUCAGGUUACAGAGGAAAAUGUACAGAUGCUCCUACCGGCAGCAAAUUUGCUCCAAUUAACAGAUGUGAGGGAUGCUUGCUGUGACUUUUUACAAGCUCAGCUGCAUCCUACAAAUUGUUUAGGGAUUCGGGCAUUUGCAGACCUUCACAGUUGUUUAGAUUUGCUGAGCAAUGCAGAAACUUACAUUGAGCAACAUUUUCCGGAGGUUGUUGAGUGUGAAGAGUUUCUAACAUUAUCCCAUCAACAAGUUUCUAAAUUAAUUAGUAGCGACCAUUUAACAGUUCCUACAGAAGAAAAGGUAUUUGAAUGUGUGAUUUCAUGGGUACAACAUGAUUUGGAAAACCGACGUCAGUAUCUUGCCAUUCUUAUGGAGCACGUGAGGCUUCCUUUGAUGUCCCAGGACUAUUUAGUGCAACGUGUUGAAGAGGAGCCCCUUCUAAAGUCCGACUUGCAGUGCAAAGAUUACAUAAUUGAAGCACUUAAAUACCAUUUGCUCAAAGGAGAUACUAAGACUUGCUUUAAGACUCCAAGAACAAAACCACGACAACCUGUUGGAUUGCCAAAAGUUUUGUUAGUAGUAGGAGGCCAAGCACCAAAGGCAAUCAGGAGUGUGGAAUGUUACGAUUUCAAAGAAGAAAAAUGGUACCAAGUUGCUGAGAUGCCAUCGAGACGUUGCAGAGCCGGCCUUGCGGUUAUUUCAGGAAAAGUGUAUGCUGUGGGUGGAUUUAACGGUUCCCUACGUGUUCGUACUGUUGAUCUUUAUGAUCCAGUUCAGGAUCAAUGGAGUACUUGCACUAGUAUGGGAGCACGGAGGUCUACGUUGGGUGUGGCUGUUCUAGGGAAUUGCAUUUAUGCUGUAGGAGGUUUCGAUGGUUCAACUGGUCUCAAUACUGCUGAAAAGUUCGACCCAAGGACUCAGGAAUGGACAGUCAUUGCCAGCAUGUCUACUCGAAGAAGUAGCGUUGGUGUGGGAGUAGUUAACGGACUUCUUUUUGCUGUAAGAUUAAAUUUCAAUUUUGCUGUAAGAUUAAAUUUCAAUUUUAAGGAAUAGCUUUAGCUGGGUGAGCA